CUUUGGCUCCGCCUCCAAAGAGUUGCUUGAAGCAACAGGAAGCGACUCUGCUUUACCCCCAAAAAAGAUCGCACGGCUCGGGAAAGAAAAAAAAAAAAAAACUGGAGGCCGAAAUCAUAUCGCUUGAUUGGCUUAUCCACAGCAGAUCCGCUCCGAGCCACCAAAUCUGAGGCCGAAGCGAGCCGCGAGUUUAGAUCCAUGAACACGGGACUUAACGUGGCAGAUUGCUGAGGAUGUCUCCUUUAUAAAGCUCAAAUAAAUAAGCCAGGCUGCCACAGAGAAGAGCAGACGUGUCUGUUUGAGCCUGCCAUGGCCCAAGGCACCAGUAUCCAAUAUGAGCCCGUGGCAGAGAUAGGAGGGGGCGCUUAUGGAACCGUUUAUAAGGCCCGGGACAUGGAGAGCGGACAGUUUGUGGCUCUGAAGAGUGUACGUGUCCAGACAGACCAAGAGGGCCUCCCCAUCUCCACAGUCAGAGAAGUGGCUCUGCUGAAACGGCUGGAGCAGUUUGACCAUCCCAAUGUAGUCAAGCUUAUGGACGUGUGUGCAACCCAGAGGACGGACCAGGAGACUAAAGUUACCCUUGUGUUUGAGCAUGUGGACCAAGAUCUUAAGACCUACCUCGAGAGAGUGCCUGCACCAGGAUUAUCCCCCGACCGCAUCAAAGACUUGAUGCGGCAAUUGCUGUGUGGUUUGGCAUUCCUUCACUCUAAUCGCGUGAUGCACCGAGACCUGAAACCAGAGAAUAUUUUGGUGACCAGCCAAGGCCAGGUGAAGCUAGCAGACUUUGGGCUGGCCAGGAUCUACAGCUGCCACAUGGCCCUCACUCCUGUGGUAGUGACUCUGUGGUACCGCCCCCCCGAGGUGCUGCUGCAGUCCACAUACGCCACACCUGUGGAUAUCUGGAGCACCGGCUGCAUCUUUGCCGAGAUGUUCAGGCGCAAGCCUUUGUUCUGUGGAGAGUCAGAAGUGGACCAGCUGGGGAAAAUAUUUGAGGUUAUUGGUUUGCCAGCAGAAGAAGAAUGGCCAACUGAUGUUACACUUUCAAGAAAAAACUUCCCCCCUCUGUUCCCCCGCCCAAUCACAGACUUUGUUCCAGAGAUCAAUGAACAGGGGGCACAACUAUUGCUGGAAAUGCUGACGUUUGACCCCUUGAGACGAAUAUCCGCCCUGAAUGCACUAGACCACCCAUAUUUCCAAGAUGAGGAGAAAUCGCAAUGCAAUAGCUGAAAUGCAGUAAACGUUAUGGAGAGAAAUAACAGUGUCUGAAUCUAGACCUGACUUAACCUAAAUGGAUUUCAGUGUCAUUGAAUGCACUGCCAUUCAAGGCAUCAAAGUGUCUGGGUUAUGCCGUGGGAUAUUUUUUGUUACUUAUAACCCUUGCACCCAAUGAAUUCCUUAAUUGAGGUCUGAGAAAUGGAAUAUAAAAAUGUCGACGAGAGACCUGAAAAGAUAACUGGCAUACUUUCAAUGUAUAAAUGCCGCAGUUAAUGUUAACAUUGUCUUCAAGGACAGUAUUAGGGCUUUUGACAUUUGGUUUCUGUAUCAGUCUUGCCAGUAAUGACUGAUAUUCAGCAACUUCUGUUAUUAAUACAUUUAGCAGCCUUAUUUCUGCCAAAUGAUCUCUGCUGUAGAUGUCCAGUAUAUUGAAAAAAUAUCCAUCAAAAUGUUCAAAAACCAAUUUAAAUCAAUAAUUGAGGCUCAUCUCUAAAGUGUCGAUUUCUGAAAGGUUGCUCCAUGUUACUUUUAUACAGUGUCUACAGAGGGGGAAGUACAGACUGGACAUGUGGUAUUAUAGUUUGAACAAAGUCUCAGAAAAGUGACACUUCCAAGGAUUAGUAUGGUUUGAUGUCAUGGUGAUUUUAAUGUAUGUAUGUUUGUUUGUUUGUUUCUUAAUAUUUAACACAAACACUGUAAGCCUGUGGCACGGAGGAAUCUUGACGAAAAUGAAUAGCAUAUCAAUCAUGGGGCAAGAUGACCAAACGACAGUCUGAAAGAGUAACCGAGGGAAUCGAGGAACGGAUGACAUUGGACACACAUGACAAAAUACUGGGAUUGUCCUUGAAUAUUUCCAUAGAGUUUAUGCACACAGAAGACAUUGUUUGACGUGUUUGAGGAUUGACCGGGCCAAAAUGCUUAUAUAUAAGCUGUUUUAUUUUUUAUUGCUCCAUUCCUAAAAUCACCUGAAAUGAACCAGCACUGCAAAGACCAAUUAAUAAAAAUUGUUCUAAUCAUA